AUGAAAAGUGGGGAUGAAAAGGCUAGAACAGAUGGGGCAAACAUCACUGAAACGAUUAAAGAUGAAGAGUUUUGGGAAUCCGUGGAGAAUAUUUUAGCCAUUACAAAACCUAUUUUUUUGCUAAUCAAGUUUUGUGAUGGUGAAGGUCUUAAAAUGGGUGAAAUCUACGAAAAGAUGGACAACAUGGUUGGAGAAAUCAAAGAUGUUACGAAGGAUAACAAAUAUGCAGGUUAUUUUGAGGAAAUUAAUCAGAUUGUUUUGGCUAGAUGGGAUAAAAUGCCAAUCCCACUUCAUUGUUUGGGGCAUGCUUUGAAUCCAAGGUUUUACGAUAAACAUUAUCUACAAAAGUUGGCACCCGGUGAUGUUAAAAGAAAAGCUCCGAACCUAGAUGUGGAAGUUUCAGAUGGUGUUAUAGAAGCGUUUAAGAAAAUUGGAGAAGAUGAAGAGGAACGAAGUAUGUUGCGGGCACAAUUUGCAACGUUUCAUAUGAAAAAAGGUAUUUUUUCGAGGAGCGCGGCACAAGUUGAUGCCGUGACAAUGGAUGCAGUUGAUUGGUGGGGUACAUAUGGGUCGGAGACACACGAAUUGGCGGAGGUGGCAAAAAAAGUGCUCUCUCAACCGAUUAGUAGUUCUUCGGCGGACAGAAACUGGAGUACAUACUCCUACAUCCAUAAUGUCAAGAGAAAUCGUUUAAAUUUCAAUAGAGCGGAUAAACUAGUUUUUAUUCACCCUAACAUUAGGCUUCAGAGUCGUUUUUUAGAAUCGUAUAAAUCUGGCCCCCACAAAAAGUGGGAUAUGAACUCGGAAAGCACGUAUAUUGAAGGUUCAAGUGCUCAGUUGGAAGAAAUGGUUUGGGAAGAUCUUGUUGAAGAAGACGUUGAUAACGGGAAAGGAAAAAGGGCACGUCUAGAUUAG